GAUUAAUGUAGGUCGAUAGACCUCUUAUCUUUGUUACUGAGGACUGAUUAGUGGAGGGUAUUCGUCGUAUACGCUACAAGGGCGGGAUCGAUUUGCAAGGUUUCCAGUACGAAAAUGGUCACUUCGUAGCUAUGAAAGUUACCUGCCAUAAUGCGUCUAGAGGUAAUUCACUAUAGAUUCAGAUUCAAUAUUAUCUGAGCUUGCAAAUGCUCAUUCGUAGCUUCCUUUCGCACUCAACUCAGUUUAUUUGAAACAGUAAUAGUUCUGCAUUAAAAAAUUCAUAGAUUCCUUAGCCAAUUACAAUGCUUUUUAUAUAUGCUCUAUAAUCGCUCGGCAGCUACGAUUCUUAUUACCUGCGAGUUCUAUGCUGUUGAAUAGCUAGUAUGGCUACAAGCAAUUUGGUUGACUACAAACUACCUCAGUUAAAAAUACACACGUUUUAACACGCACUAACAAGAAAUACGGGCCAAGUACUUGCCGAGUAAGACAUAGACGACGUAACUGGAGCUCACACACUUCUCGUUUGUCACCAUGUAUAGAGGAACCAUCUAAAGUUGAUUGCAUGGUAACCAGUUCGCUCAAUGGUUCUCCUGAACGCUUAUCAUCAAAUCCUCCUUCACUAGAAAGUAGUAGCUCGUGCAGUUUAGCCUCUUGUUAUGGGGUAUCAGCUCCGUUUAUCCGCCCCUCCAUGCCUCCUGGUCCACCAACAUCACCUGUUCCGAGCCCGCCACCUACUCCUGUAACACUUGGCGCUGUUGUGGAAGCUCCAACAAAUCCUGUUUCUGAGCCUCGACAGCUUGACUCUAUUCCUAACCUUCCAGCCGUACUCCGUAAUCGUUUUAGACGACGUCGAAAUGCUAUUUGUGAAUCCUCUGUUCUUGGACAGGGAUUAAAAGACUUCUUUGCUUCUUAUGUGGUUUCUAAUUUAACUGACUCCAUGACAUCAUCACUAAGUUUGGGAUCAUCUUCUGCAUGUCCCGUGUUCAAAUCUUCAUUACAACCGCAUCUUCCUAACACAGUUUCACAUUUGGCCCACAGCGACUGCGUCACAUCACCUGUGUGUUUGAUCGAUAGCGAGUCACAAUCUGAAAGUCUGUGAUACAAAUUUAUCCUACCAGUUUCCAAUGAUCAUCAGACGGUAUUUAGUUCACUUUUUGUAGUUUCUUAAAGUGAUUUUCUUCAAUUUAAUAUUUCACAUUAUUAGAUAAUUUUAACACGACCAUUGGCAUUUGUUUACCCUUAAGUACGUAUGCAUACUUUACCUGUAUACGAGUCUUUCUGUACUCAUUGCUCAUCCUAUGUAAUUUUUUUCUUAAACACGCCUAUAAUUUCCACCUGCUACCAGCUAAUAGCUGUGAUUUAUUAAAAAUAUUUC